AUGUUCCAGUGGAUCUUUAAAUUCUUCAGAAAGUCUUCAGUGCAAUACAGCCACUUCUCUCCUCCCUUAACCCGUGGACCGCGCGUCACUCCACUCCUGCCUCCUCAACGCGCGCACUCACACGCACUCACACGCGCGCUCACACCGGUCGGCUGGAUUCUCCGCUCUCCGCCUGAGCCUCCGCGCAGUGCCGGGGAUCCCACCAUGGAGCCGCUCAUGGACGGGGGCGACGUGGACAAGUGCGAGGAGGACGACUUCGACCCCUUCACCGGCAACAUCCCCGCGACCAAAGUGGAGAUCACGGUGUCCUGCAGGUGA